GUAUAUAAGCUGUCUCGAGCACCGAUAGAGUAUCAGUUCAAUUCGAAGCAUUUCUUCGUACGCUUAUUUCGCUUUCAAGUCGAGUAUUUCGUUCGUUGCCCGAACACACACACUUCAAAUCCAUUCAAAAUGAAAUUCCAGAUCACAGUUGCUUUCUUAUUCGCCUUGGUUGCUUUCUGCUUGGCCGCCGAAGAACAACAGAAACCAGCUGAAGGAAGAAAUAAACGUGGAUUAUUCGCUACCCCAUUCGGAUAUGCUGCUGCCUACCCAUAUGCUACUCCUUAUGCCAGCCCAUACGCAGCUUACCCAUACGCCUACGCUCCAGCUGCAUACACCGCUCCAUUAGCGUACUCCGGAGUCGCUGCUCCGAUCGUUGCUGCUCCUUAUGCUAAGGCUAUUGCUGCUCCGGCUUAUACUCCUUUCGCUUACUACGGUUAAGAUGUGUUCCAACGGUUUAAGUUAUAGGUAUUGUACCAUAUUGUGUAUAUAAAUAAACAUUUUCGUCGUUUGCAAA